AUGACAGCAGUCAGCAGUCCCCCCUCGGGAAUCCUGAUCUAUGCCGAGUUUCUAUCGAACAUACGACAAGUGUCUAUCGCGGUAAACCUCACUUCGUCUUCCAACGCAGACACAGUCGCAGAGGUCACCCAGGGAGGCACGGCUUUUCGCGUCCAGCACGGAGGCCUCACGCGCGAAGUCUUGCUGCCCGAGAGAGUGGCAGUGGCGUCAGCUGUGCCAUUGGCGCUGUCAAUGGAGAAUCUGAACCUUCCUAGCGAGAACUGGGCCGAGAUGAUGGAGUUUUGGCACUGUCAUAAACCGCACGACCACGACCAUGGACACACCAAUGGGGGCGCUGAGCAAGCUGACCUUACGAAACGAGGCUAUGGUGCGAGCAACGCCAUUUCAGCACAAGAGACUGUCGGCCUCGUCGACAUUACCUCCUUUAUGUUCACAGAGUCUGAUUGCGACGGAAUCCUAUUUUCCUCCUCCGUAUCGGGAGGGCAGCAACACAAUGCAAGUGCACCUGCUAUCGGCGAGUCGACCAAGUUCCUGAACGUCAGCUGCAAGAAGUGCAAUGAGCCGGUCGGGUUCUACAGCAAUGUCGCAUCCUCCGUCUCCCUGUUCAAGUGGCAGGUCUCGACCGAGACAGCAUCUACACAAGGCAUGCCGUCGACCGAGCAAUGCCUCGCCGCAACGCUGACUGCGACAAUCUCGCGCUCUGGCUGUUCAAAGUCCGUCAUACUUCCUCAGAAACUUGUGGCAGGCAGCGAGGCCGGCGGACAGCGGGCGAUGCACCUGUGGGCGCUGAACCCCAACGUCACCUACACAGCCUCCCAAAUGGAAGGCAAGCGAGAAGCGAUGAAGAUUCUCUACCAGUGCAUCGAUAUAGAAAAGGCAGAGAAGAUGGCUGAGUCCAUGACGUCCGAUGUUCAGGACAUCAGCCUUCCAGAGGCUGUGAUUGCGACAGCCUUGGAAGCGCUUGAGUCCAGCAACUCAUGCCUUCCUAUGAAGGAAAGGACGUUCAGGGAGUGGAAGGAGAACUCUAUCCUAUCUCCAGAACUUCUAGGAUCGCCACUGUUCAAGUCUUGGUGUUCCUUUGUUCACCCGCGUGACGAGCCUCCCGUCACCACAGACGACGACCGACUCAAGGCAGAGGCGCAGCGAUGCCUCCUCACCAGCGAUACCCUGAAGCCAUGCAAGACUCUCUUCUCCAAUCGAUGGAUCAGACUGGAGUACAAAAUCUGCGACACCCGCUGCACCCGCGAGUCCUCGCCUGGAUACAAUGUCGAUCCCCGCCUCCAGAUGCGCACAGACAUCCAGGGCAACCCGUGGUACAACGACAGCGGCGGCGGCACCAUCCUGUCCGAGCCCCGCUACUAUGAGGGUGUCCACGGUGGUAUCCUCGCCGAAGAGAUGGGCUCUGGCAAGACCAUUAUUUGCCUUGCUGUCGUCCUGGCGUCGAGGGUUGUUGCCACCAAAAUACCAGACAUGUAUGGCGUUGCGCCGGUCCCAAGGCGGCAAAAAGCAACCUCUCUGAUUGACAUGGCGGCAGCGACCGUGACUCGCCUUGGCGUGCCCUGGAGACCGUACUUUGAUGCACAAGCAUUCGGCCAUUGUGUCGAGGCCCUCAGGCGCAAUCCCGGCUACUAUCUCAAACCAGCCCCCGAGCCUCGGAGAAUGUCGAGGCACCGUCGCGAGGAUGGCUCUGCCCACCCGCCAACCAAGAUUUAUCUUAGCGAUGCGACUCUCGUCCUCGUGCCGGCGAACUUGGUGGCGCAGUGGAGGCAAGAGAUACGAAAGCAUACAGAGGGCCUUAUUGUUCACGUUGUUGCUAAGACCGAUCCUUUACCUCCACUUGAGAUGCUGCUGAACUGCGACCUCCUUCUUUUCUCUCACAGUCGCUUUGAAGAAGAGCACAGGCGCGGCAACAUCACCGACGGUCUGCUGGGUCGGAUCCAUUUCAAGAGGUGCAUGAUCGACGAAGGCCACAAGCUCGGUAACACAUGGCUAGGGCGCCGAGGUGAUCUGGCGUCAGGCCUCAGCAACAUGAUUUUCGACUAUCGCUGGGUGGUGACCGGAACGCCCUCGCAGGGGUUGUACGGUGUAGACCACAGCGGCACCGACGAGAAGCCCUCGCAGCCAUCUGCGCUGAUGGAGCGAAGGGACCUCACGCACAUUGGCAUGAUGGUGUCUUCGUUUCUGGGUGCUCGCCCGUGGGCGAACACGCAGCACGAAGUAGGCGACACUUUGGCGGUGUGGGACAACUAUGUGAUGUUGCCCCGGCAUAAAAAGGGGUGCCAUGGGCGAUGGGACACUCUGAAAUCCACCCUGGACUCGCUCAUUGUGCGACACCGCCUGGAAGAUGUAGUCGACAAGUUGCCGGUCGUCCAGGAGAGGGUGGUCCUUCUGGAAGGGUCCUAUCAGGAUCGGCUUUCCUUGAACAUUUUCUCCAUGAUGAUCAUUUCCAACGCCGUGCAGUCGCAGCGCACGGACCAGGACUACUUCUUCCACCCGCGACAGAGGAGCAGUCUUAUGCAGAUUGGCAGCAACCUGAAACAGGCCAGCUUCUUUGGUGGUUCGUUCUUCAACUCAAUCGAGAUUGGGACAGCGGUCGAGACGGCCGAAGAGUUCUUGCGCAGGGGAGAGGUUGAGAUCUCCGCCCAAGACGACGCUCUACUACGCGAUGCCAUUCGCUUUGGUCACAUGGCAGUCUCGAAUUCCCUGAGGAGGUUGAGCAAUCAGUUUCAUGAAAUGCCGGUUCAGGUCGAAAAUUUCCCUGCGGGCGCCGGUCGCGCCUGGGCUUUGGGCGAUGCCGACGUCUACGGUACCAAGGAUGGUGCGCGCAAUGACUCGAUCUGUACUUCGGCCAGUCUGUUACUGCACCUGCAGAAGCUUGUCCACAAGACUUUGGGCGAACCGGACAAGUUCAACGCUCUGCUGAAUGGUGGCCUGGUACAAGCAGGCGCAGCAGAGAAGGCAAAGAUGUUGCAAGCACAGACGCCCGACAGAGCAUCCAAGCCGUCGAACAAGCAGUCCAAGAGUCUCGCGGGAAACGUGCGGCUGGGUGGGGACAGCGCACACAAAGCUCGAUCGCAUGGCGUUAAUGGCAUUGACCCCGUCAAGAGCGUCAACGACGAAGCGUCCAUGAGGCCUCUGGAGAAAAUGCAAAUACAGUACCUGAUCUACGCCAAGACACUGAGCACGGACAGGAAGGCACAGUAUGUCAAGACAUUCGACUACAAUCCAGCAUUUCGCGUCUUGCUCAUGGACAUUACGCAAGCGGCCUUUGGGCUUGACAUGCAGGCAGCCUCGAGGAUUUACUUCAUCAACCCGGUGCUAAACCCCCAAGUCGAAGCGCAAGCCAUUGGACGAGCGCGUCGCGUCGGUCAGCAGAGGUCCGUCACUGUGGAGACGUUGGUGCUCAAGGGCAGCAUUGACGAAGUCAUCCUCGAGCGCAAGCAGCACAUGACACAAGCCGAGCAUCGGCAGGCCAAGUCCAUCCUCGACAUUCGUCCCAUCUACAACUGGAUCAAGAACGCCAAGAUCAACGAGCUACCCGAGGUGGACUCCGAGGAGGUGUCACAAAUGGCCCCGUUGCAGUAUACGCACCACGUCUUUGGCCGUGGCUUCGGCAGAGCCACGCACCCAGACGAUGAUCUGGUACUGGGCAGCCCGACCAGCAGUAAGAAGAUGGAAUUUUCCCCACGGAACGCCACGAAUGGUACGAAGCGAAGUCACGAGGACGGUCCUGGCAAGUCAGAGCCAAAGGGAAUUCGCUUCAUGAUUCGCUCGACGAUGCCGACUGCGACUGACUUGGAUGAGAAUCCUGGCGGCGGCGAAGAGGAUUAUAGUCAGCGUCCAGCUCGACGCGUACGAUUUGGCUGA